AUGAAGCGAAUGGGAGAUCCAAUGGGACCAUCAAUACCAUCUUCAGUCUUUAGUAUGCCAAAAGAUAAUCAAAAACCUCCAGGUCAAAAUGGUUGGCCCUACCAAGACAUGAAUUUGCAGUAUCAGAAUACUUUUUUACCUCAACCUCAACAACAGUGGUUCUCAGACUACUCACGGAGUUCGUUCAAUCUCCAAGGUUACCCAACAACAGCACAGUACUGUACAAAUGGGAAUCAGUUUAAUCCUAAUUUUGAGUAUCAAAAUCAUCCAAACCAACAAAUGUUGGGACGAGCAACCAACUCAAAUGGAUCAUAUUUCUAUCAUCAGCAGGCACAGUCAUUCUCACCUAUGCAGAAUGUGACACUAUAUACCCAGACUUCUAUCCAAUCAGUUGCCGGUAGCCACGAGAAUUAUGUAAACCAACAGUUGAAUCCGACUGCUUCCACACCAACGCCAUCUUCACUAGUGAUAGCUCCAGAUAAUCAAACUCAGCCUAAGAAUUCAACACCACCUACACCAGUGUUACUGUUAUCGGCUUUUCCAGCUUCACAGUAUGAAAGGCAACAACCGACACCUUCAGCAGGCACCACAACGACGCUCUCAUUAACCCUCGAACGGGAACCCUCAACGCCACCAGUCCAGACAUCCGCAUCAUGA